CCCCUCAACCCUCCCACAAGUCCCAAAACAUUUGGAAGCAAUAUCCUAGCUAUCCAGACUAGUACUUAACCAGCAGCAGAAGAAGAAUCGAGAGAGGAGCUGAGAGAUGGCGUCCAUGAUGGGAGGAGACUUCGUCGAGGCCUACGUGCUCAGGAACGCCUACAAGGAGAAGAUGAGGCGCAUGGACGAAGCGGCGGCGCCCGCCGCCGCCGGGGUUGAAGGGAAGAACAGCAAGGAGGGCGGUGGCUCUGCCGGAGAGAAGAAGGCCACGGGUGCGAGCAGCAAGGGAGGGUUCUUUGGGCUCAUGAAGAAGAAGGUGCACCCCAAAGCGACCUCUCCUUCUUCUUGAUCGUUGUAACUAUGCUCUCGUUGUUCGGGAUGCCACGAAGAGACCCUGCAAGUAUAUACUACGUAUGUUCCCGGUAGAAGUUUAGGUGCCAGAGAAUGGUAGGCCGCAGUUUGCUGGAGCUCAGUCAUGGCUGGUUUGCUGGCUGCAGCUUCGUGCUAGGAGUCUGUGCGCGUGUGUCUGUAAGUUUGUUCUUCCGAUCAGCUACUCUGGGGUGUAUAUCAGUCACUGGCUGGCUGUAACGUUGGUUCUUUUGUUCAUUGUUGUCUACCUGAGUUGAAGAAAAUGAAGUGAAAAAAUAUCCUUCUUGAA